AUGACAAGAUCUGCCCUCUCUCGAAUAUUACAAGAUAAAUUCAGCGCUAGACCAUAUCGGUACUCAUUGUCGCGCCAAGGCAUGCGAGUCGCCAUAUUGGCUUGUAUAACCCUUGUUUUUGGUAUCUGGUGCUACAAAUCUUGGUGGUCAUCGUCUUUAAACCCAUAUUCGCUGGAUAACCGGCCCAAAGAAUUCGUUGAAUCAGCCUGUACUGGCCAAGUAAUUACAUCAAAUAAUUCACCACAGCCACAUUUACAGCCACAAUUAUCUAAUGGUGAAUCUAUUGGAACCCAAGCACCUACCCCUGACUCACUACCACAGAUAUUGCUGGAACAUGAAUACAUUAAUUUUCUCCUUCCACCCAUUACACCCGAUCAAACCAUCCCUCUAUCUAUUCUGGAUAAGCUGCCUGUUCGCGGUGUAUUAUAUAUGGUUGUUAGGAAUGAACAGCUGCAAGAGAUUCGAUUAUCCAUGCGUAGUGUUGAAGACAGAUUUAACUACAAAUUCAAUUAUCCGUGGGUUAUAUUGAGUACCCAACAUUUUCCUUUGGAUGUAAGAGGAUAUAUAACCAAGAUCACUAGUGCACCAGUCUAUUUUGGAAAAAUAGAUCUUGAAGCAUGGAAUUAUCCACCCUGGAUUAGUAUCUAUGGGUCCGAAUUGGUUAUGGCAAAGAUGGAGAGAGAAAAUGUUUAUCGUGGAGGAAGCCUAUAUUAUCACCAAUAUCUAAGAUAUCAGGCUGGUUUGUGGUUUUAUCAUCCUCUUUUUCGACAAGUCGAAUAUGGAUGGCGCAUAGAGCCAGGGUCUGAAUACAGUUGCGACAUAAAUGAAGAUCUUUUUCAGACAAUGAGGGAUAAAAACAAGAAGCUUGGGUUUACUUUGACAAUGAAAGAAGCACCAAAUACGAUACCAAACUUAUGGAAAGCUAUUGGGUACUUUUCUCAUUUCUAUCAGAACCUUGUUGUGCCGUUCAACCAGUCUAUUAUGCCCUGGUUAGUUUACCCUACUACAGGAGAAUAUAACUUUUGUCACAUUUGGAAUACAUUUGAAAUUGUCGACCUUUCUUUUCUUCGAUCCAAUGAGUACAAAAUGUUUUUUGAAUAUAUGGAUCGAACUGGCGGAUUUUUUUACGAGAGAUGGGGGGAUGCAGCAUUCCGUACAAUGGCAGCUGCCUUGUUUCUCAAACGCGAGGAGCUUCAUUUCUUUAACAAGGUUGGCUACUCAAAUUUAGUAGCUGAACGGUGUCCAUUUAACCAAGAUGGACUGACAUAUUUCAACGAAGAUAGCUGUACUGCUGGACUUCUUCACUUGAUUGAUAAACCAGCGAUUGGUGAAAUGGCUGACUUUGCAAGGGAUAGGAUGAAAGUUGAAGGAUUUAUAGGAUAA